CAAACGAACUUAUGGAAUAAAAUUGUUGACCACCAAUGUUGGUCGCAAGGGAGGUUUGGGUGGGAAAUUUUUUAAUCUCGUUGUUCUGGUCACUAUUAAUGGUGGAGGAUUUAUUUUCGCUCUGCUGACAGAUCAUGAUAAAAAUGCUAUUGCGACUGGAUAUAAAAGCAACUGCGAUUCGUGCAAUUUACAUCAAACUAACAAACUACCCACAGAAUAUUACAGGAAACCUAAAAAAACUGAAAAUCAAAAGAGUCAAAGAAUGACCGGUCUUAUUAUAAACCUCUUCCUCCUGGCCUUCUGUCUCGCAUCUUUUACAUCCCCUUGUCUGGGUAAUUUUGACGCUGUAAUUUCCCCCACAUCGUCAACUAUCUCUGGGCAUCACAAAUUGGUCAUUACCCCUGAACUCAGAAGGCAAUUUGGCAUCUCUAAGGAAUCCGAUUUGAAGACUGGGGUCCGAAAACAUUUCGGUAAGUCCCCAGAUUACGCCUUCGUCCAAAGCCCCACCCCUUGGAAUGACCUCUACAGCACCUAUCACUGGCAUCAAGUGACCUCCCGGAUGACCGCGCAACUCGGGUCCUCAUUCCAUGAACGGGAAACCACGAGCGUCAUAGCAUCAAACGAUUACACAAACGAGAGCGAGCUAAAUGUGACGAUCAAGGAGACCUUAUCCCACACCAUUUAUGACUCGGUGGAAACCACGUGGUCUGGAGAAGUUGGACUAGCAGCGAGUUUUGAUUUCAGCGUUAACGUCUUCUUCGUAAAAGGGUCAGCUUCUUUGGACCUCACCACCAAAUUCGGGUACGCCAAAACGGAAACGAAAUCCUCAACUAUGGGAUCCGGUACGGAAGUUGAGCUAACCUUAAGACCAAAGAGCUCCGUUACUGUCGAGAUUGUAUCCAAGAUUGGUGAGGGUGUGGCUACGAUGAGAUACAAGGCCAUGCUGGAGGGUAGCGUGGCAACAAAAUACAACCGGAAGUACAAGAAUCAUCAUUACUGGUCAAUUGCUGUAACCCGCGUGCUUCGCGCACUGGGAAAACCGAAUACAAAAAUUAUUACUCAAACGAUCAAGAGCUCGGUUUACUUUACUAAAUCAAUUGUUAUCAGGGAUCGUAGAUCUCGGGGAGUUUUGCGUAAGUUUGAUGUCGAUAAUGAGGAUCGAGUUGUAAUUAAUGAAAUGGAGGAUGGUAGCUUUUGCAUAGAAGAUAAUCAAAUUAUUGGUGUGAACUAAGGGAAUUAUGAUUGGGCGGCAACUUUACAUUUACCUAUAUUAAGGUAUUUAAUUAUUUCAAUAAAUAUCCUUGUAAUUGAUUUUGUAGACGUUUGCGUAUUCAUUUAAUCGUCGGUGGACUAACAAUAGCAGUCUUUCCCAUGUAAUAUUCAAAACUUGAUGGGAGUAAUUUUAGUUGUUUACCAUCAAAAAUAGGCGGACACGUAUUUUGCUUCUUCCCCAUGCUCAUAUUUAAGCGCAGGGUAGGAUUUUCAAACAUUGUUUCAGCCAAAAUUUUCAAAUGAUGGCAAAUUUUUGAAUUUUUGCGCGAAUUCAAAAAUUGUAAGCAUGUAUGCUUAGAAUUACUUCCUUUCCAAUAUAAAAAUUUCAACAAAUUAUGAAAAUGCGAGCUUUUCCGAUAUUCUGUAUAUUUCUAAACCCAUUUAGCGGAUUGUUUUAGGAUAAAACUCUGCGGAAUUUGUAAAAUAAAUUAUCAUAUGUACCAUA